UAUCCUAAGAUGGACUCCUGCUGCAAGUCCAAGUAGUUCACCAGUACCGCCACCAGUUUUUAGUCCGGAAAUAAGUAGUUCACAAGUAGAAGAUGAACCAUUUAUGAGUCCUGCUCACCAUCAUGAGCUGAAGCAGCAGCUUGAUCAGUAUGUUGAUGAACCCGCUAAAUCGAGCAAGAAAAAAAAUUCUGAAGAAAACAAGAGUUCAUUUGUAAUAGAAAUGGAACCAAAAUCUGAAGGUAGUACUGUUGUGUUGGCAUGGGAAGAUCUAUGCGUUAGUGUACCUUCUUCGUCUAGUAGUAAGGGAAAUGACAGAGUUAUUAUUGAAGGGCUAAAUGGGUAUGCUCAGCCUGGUGAGGUCUUAGCCAUUAUGGGUCCUUCUGGUUCUGGAAAAACAACUCUUCUCGAUGCAUUAGCAGGGAGAUUGCCCUCAAAUACAAGGCAGUUGGGUGUGAUACACGUAAAUGGUAGAAAACAAACGCUUGCUUUUGGGACAUCGGCUUAUGUAACACAAGAUGACACAUUAACAACGACAUUGACAGUUAAAGAAGCCGUUUACUACUCUGCUUUGCUUCAAUUACCUGACUCUAUGACAACAUCGGAAAAGAAGGAGAGAGCAGAGACAACGAUAAAAGUGAUGGGAUUGCAUGGAGCUAGGAACACAAAAAUAGGAGGGUGGAACAUCAAAGGGCUAAGCGGUGGACAAAAGCGAAGAGUGAGCAUUUGUAUUGAGAUUUUAACACGUCCAAAACUUCUCUUUCUAGAUGAACCUACAAGCGGCCUCGACAGUGCAGCAUCUUACCAUGUAGUAAACCGAAUAGCGAAGCUUUCUCGACAAUAUAGAAUGACUGUUAUUGCAUCUAUUCAUCAACCGAGUAGUGAAGUCUUCAAUCUCUUCCACAAUCUUUGUCUACUCUCUUCUGGUAGAACAAUUUACUUUGGUCCUGUUUCUGCAGCAAAUGAGUUUUUUGCAUUGAAUGGAUACCCUUACCCAACUAUGACAAACCCAUCGGAUCAUUACCUGAAAACUAUCAACAAAGACUUUGAUGAAGACAUGGAACAAGGUUCUGGUGGCAAACUAACAACAACUGAGGAAGCAAUUUAUAAACUUGCGGAGGCGUAUAAGACAUCACAAAUCUUCCAACAAGUCAAACUUCAAGUAUCGAAUCUAUGCAAAAGGGAAGGAGGUAUCUUAGAAAAAGGAAGCCAAGCUAGCUUCUUAACACAAUCAGUUGUUCUUACAAGAAGGUCUUUCUUGAACAUGCACCGCGAUUUGGGCUACUACUGGUUACGUUUAGGAGCUUACAUUGGACUUGGUCUUUGUGUUGGUACAAUAUUUUUGAACAUUGGUACCAGUUUUGGUUCAAUUCAGGCCAGAGGUUCAGUACUUUUGUUUGUAGUUGCAUUCUUAACUUUCAUGGCAAUUGGGGGAUUCCCUUCUUUCGUGGAGGACAUGAAGAUCUUCGGACGGGAAAGAUUAAAUGGGCAUUACGGUGUCGCAGCAUUUGUCGUGGGAAAUACAAUAUCUUCAGUUCCAUACUUGCUUAUGAUCUCACUGAUACCAGGAGCCUUAGCUUAUUACCUAGUUGGUCUCCACAAAGGAUAUCAACAUUUUCUCUUCUUUGCUUUACUACUGUUCGUAUGUAUGAUGUUAGUUGAGAGUUUAAUGAUGGUCGUUGCAAGUAUAGUACCCGAUUUUCUUAUGGGUAUAAUUGUCGGAGCUGGAAUUCAAGGUGCGAUGAUAUUAAAUGCUGGCUUCUUUAGACUACCUAAUGAUCUUCCCAACCCAGUUUGGAAAUACCCAAUGUACUACAUUUCCUUUCACAGGUAUGCAAAUGAAGGGUUCUACAAGAAUGAAUUCCAAGGACUUCAGUUCCCUAAUAAUCAAAUAGGAGGACCAUCGACUAUCAGCGGUGAAGAAAUUUUGAAAACUAUUUGGCAAAUGCCAAUGGGCUACUCAAAAUGGGUUGAUCUUGCUGUUCUAUUUGGAAUGGUGGUUCUAUAUAGACUAAUGUUUUUUAGCAUUAUCAAGUUGUCUGAAAAGAAGAAAUCCUCAAGUUGUCUGAACAGAUGA